CCCGGGCCGAGAGCGCGCUCCGCCUGUUCGCGCGCCUCCCGCCGCCGCCGCUGCUCAAAGGUGCGCCGCGCGCACGUCCCACACCGCACACCUGUCUGCUCUCGAGACCCUCGCGCCGAGCGCUCGAGCUGCGACGCACGCGCACCCGCCGCGGCCGGACAGCCCCAGCGCGUGACAUGUGCCCAGCAGCGGUGCCCUGCGGAGGACAGAGCCGCGUGCCGCACCGGAACAGGUGAGACGCGCGCCAUGGAGCUCCUGCGGCGGAUCUUGUCGGCGGUGGGAUUGGACUGCAUGCGGGGGGCGCCGGCCAGUCCGCAGAGCUUGUCCCCCAGCAAGCGCUCGGGGAGCCACGAGGGCAGCCUGGAGAGCAGCUCAUCCGGCGCCAGGACGUCUCAGGGCUCCGAACCCCCCCACUGCCAGGGCUGCAUCUCCUACGACGGCCACAUGAAGCGACUGAGCUGCGGUCACACGUUCUGCGACUCCUGCACCGACCGCAUCGUCAACCAGGCCUUCCUGGACAUCGAGGGUCUCUGCAACUUCCCCUGCCCUAUGUGCAAGUCCCUGCGUGAGCUGGGCCUCCUCGACGGGGGGGAGCGGCAGCCAACCGCCCCUGGCAACACCUCCCACAGUGCCCUGCACCUGGAGGUCAUAAAGGAGGAGGAGGAGGAGGUCGCGGGCGACUGAACCCUGGAGGGGUCCGCAUUGGACUUUCGAAGGAGUGCGUGUCAUGUGAACGUGUCCGUCGCUGCCGAACUGAGCAAAGCACGAGGGGGUUAACCACGGAGGUCCUACCUGAUGUCUCCACGGUCCCCUUAACUGCAUUGUGUCCGGGGGGGGGGGGUGUCGCACCGAUUCGUACUGUUCCCCCUGGGAAAGGGCAGUGUGGCAGAACCCCACGAGCGGUCAGUGCACGACCGGACACUGAGCUCCAGCUUGUGGUCACGUGAAGCUGGUGGUUUGAACGCGAUCUCAAACCAGCAGUUCACCCUCAAACCACACUUUGAACUUCUUUUCAGAGCCACGUUUGGCACACCUUGUUAGUGUUACCGUAUUACCCUGUUUGUAGGGGCGGUUGAUCGAAACCCUCGGAGUCUCGUCAUAGCUGCUCUGCUGAAGCCAAAGGAGCUCUUGUGAGCCGCUGAGCCACGUGAGGUAAAACACUGUGAAGUGCAGUACGCGAUGAUGCCGCAACGGACUUGCAGGGCAUUUUGUCCUACAGUGACGUCACUUGGAUGACACUCUUUACGGGGGGGGGGGGAGAAACACUGAGGUGCUACAAAAAUGAAUCCCGCCAUAAUUGUACGGAAUUUAAUAGUGGGCUUUGAACCCAACUCCUUCAGGUUGAGUGCAGGGUAUCGAUGUUCAGCUAGAAAGACAGUAUUAUGGUGUGUUAAUGAAAGAAGAGUGUGUUGCCCUGGGGGUCAGGGGGGGGCUGUGCUCCACCUGUCUUGCACCUACCUGAAGAGACAGAUGGGACCUCCCCCCCCACCCCACUUCCUGCCAAAAAUGACCAGUUCCCAACCGACUGUAUUAUGUUAAGUGACAUUUGUCCUGUUCGUUGGAAACUUUCCCAUGUAAAACCAGGGUAUUGUGGGUUCUUGAGUAACACAUUUUGGUGUCAUUGCAUUUAUAUAUUUUUUUACAUUUGUAUUACAUUGAUUAAAUAAAGUAACUUAAAAAAUAUAUCGACAAGGUGUUUUAAGGAAAACGUAUUUUCGCUGGAUUGAUAAAUGUAACAAGCGUUAACUUUGCUCAGUCAGUAAGAGCAAAGGCC